AGUGUGCGCUGCGCAGGACUUUGUGUUCAACUACAGUCCCCACACGUCACUGAUCCGCGGAUAUCUCACCGCUGCUGUUUCUCUCCGCAGUCUAGCGCUCUCUCAUUUUUAGCGGAUUGGCAAAACAGGGUAGGAUCACUAGGAGGAAUACAAAAACAUAAGCAAAAAUGGCAGAGCUUGGAGCGGGGAGCCUGCUAACAGGAGAUCCUGCUUUUAAUUACCAAGAGCAUGAGCUAAACGAGCGCUUGAAGCGGCUGUACCCGGCCGUGAAUGAGGAAGAGACCCCCUUACCCCGAUCUUGGAGCCCCAAGGAUAAGUACAGCUACAUCGGGCUCUCACAGAAUAAUCUGCGGGUGCAUUACAAAGGCCACGGAAAAAACCACAAAGAUGCAGCAUCUGUACGGGCCACCCAUCCUAUCCCUGCCGCUUGUGGUAUCUACUACUUUGAGGUGAAGAUCGUAAGCAAAGGAAGGGAUGGGUACAUGGGUAUUGGACUGUCUGCCCAGGGGGUCAACAUGAACAGACUUCCUGGUUGGGACAAGCACUCCUAUGGUUACCAUGGUGACGAUGGACACUCCUUUUGCUCUUCAGGGACUGGCCAACCGUAUGGCCCAACCUUCACAACGGGCGACGUCAUUGGCUGCUGCGUGAACCUCAUCAAUAACACAUGCUUUUACACCAAGAAUGGGCACAGUUUAGGUGUGGCUUUCACAGAUCUGCCACCUAACCUGUACCCCACAGUAGGGCUACAGACUCCAGGGGAGAUAGUAGAUGCUAAUUUUGGCCAGCAGCCUUUUGUGUUUGACAUUGAGGACUACAUGAGCGAAUGGAGGGCCAAGAUCCACAGCAUGAUUGCCCGCUUCCCCAUCGGAGAAAGACUGGGAGACUGGCAGUCUGUUCUGCAGAAUAUGGUGUCCAGCUACCUAGUGCAUCAUGGGUAUUGUGCCACAGCAAUGGCCUUUUCCAGAGCCACAGAGACCAUGAUCCAAGAGGACCAAACCUCCAUAAAAAACAGACAGAGAAUACAGAAGCUGGUAUUGGCAGGACGUGUUGGAGAAGCCAUUGAAGCAACACAGCUGUUGUACCCCGGACUCCUAGAACACAACCCCAAUUUACUCUUCAUGUUGAAGUGUCGGCAAUUUGUGGAGAUGGUGAAUGGUACAGAUAGUGAGGUACGGUGCUUUAGUGUCCACUCUCCUAAAUCACAGGACAGCUAUUCUGGCUCCCCCAACCUGAGCCCGCGGCACGGAGCCACCAAUGCUCACGUGCACAACACAGGAGGAGACAGUCCCACAUGCAGUAACGGGGUCACCCCUACUAACAAAAAUAAGAGCCACAACAAAUACACAGGCGUAAGCUCCACCUCGUCCUCUCCAUCCUCCUCUCCUUCCUCCGUCAAUUACUCCGAGUCCAACUCUACCGACUCCACCAAGUCACAGCCCCACAGUGCCACCAGCAACCAGGAGACUAGUGAUAGUGAGAUGGAAAUAGAGGCAGAACAUUACAGCAACGGCGUGACAGAAAGCUCAACUCGCAUUAUGAAUGGCACAUACAAACACCAGGAAAUCCUGCAGGCGGAUGAAAACAGUGUUGGCAAUGGAGUAGCAGAUGAUAGCUGCAGCUCAAGACAGCUGUGUGGAGGAAACCAGGCGGCCACCGAGAGAAUGAUCCAGUUCGGCAGAGAGCUUCAGGCCCUCAGUGAGCAGCUCUGCCGCCAAUAUGGCAAGAACGCCACUCACAAGAAGAUGCUGCAGGAUGCAUUCAGUCUGCUGGCGUACUCAGACCCCUGGAACUGCCCCGUGGGCCAGCAGUUGGACCCCAUGCAACGAGAGGCGAUCUGCUCCGCUCUCAACAGCGCUAUUCUGGAGUCUCAGAAUCUGCCCAAACAGCCUCCACUCAUGCUGGCUCUGGGUCAGGCCACCGAGUGCGUGCAGCUGAUGGCCAGAGUUCGCUCUGGUUCCUGCUCCUUCGCCAGAGUCGACAACUUUUUGCACUAGCACCAGUCCACGAGGGAGCACCAAGGCAGUGUUCAGGACGGCUAAGAGGAGGACUUUCCGGUUGGCUGCCAUGACGAGAACAAGCGUUUGAAUUGGUGUGUCACUUGCCGUUUGCCAGAAGCAGCCGAGCAGAUCGAAUAGAAAGGAGAAGAGAGGCUUCUUUUUAAUUUAGUAUUAUCAAAUACAAAUUGUGUGACACUAUUUAAAGAUGAAUUAAUUAUUCUGUUUAUCUAGUCAUUUUUAUUUUAGUUUAUAUUUUGUCCGUUUGUUGUGCUCAUCUUGAAACAAAUCAACUUCCCAAACAAGAGUUUUUUUCAUGGGUGAAUUCAGUGCAUAUCAAAAACAGACAUAAUGGUAAGUUCCUACUGUAAAUUUGAGCUACGCACUCUGGUUUUCUCAGUCAGAGCUCAGGUAUUUAGACAGAUGUUCUUUUGUCGUCAGAGCGGGAUAUUUGCAGACACAGGUGUCUCUUCACCAGAUCAUACUGUGGGUUUCUAAGCAAGUCCUUUUCUAUGUACAAGCAAAUUAUAUAGUUUUUUUUAUUAUUAUUUGGUCAACCUCAACAGCCCCUUUUGGAAUUAAAUGGACGCUGGUGUGCGCAUACAUGAAUUAAGUUUUCAUUGCCGUAAGUGUGUGAGAGAGGGUGAGAUAAUGCAUGGCUCUUAGUGUCUUUUAAGCUACUUCAGUAUCUCAGGCACCAGCACGAGUUUGAUUCGACACAAUCGCGCAGCGACGACGCACACUUACCCUUGAGUCCAAUGUAGAUGAAUUCUAUUUUCAAACAUAGACCUUUGCCCAAAAAUACAUCUAUUUUACUGAUAUUUUACCAUCUUUAUAGCAGUGGGUACCAUAAAAUGUCAACCUACACUCAAGUUUUAAGUUUUAAUUUUGGUAUGUUGAAGUAAACAAGUGGUUUUCUGAUAUUUGUGGCUGUACCAAAUAAAAGCGCAACAUUUUUGACAAAAGAA